GCGGACUCGCGAGGAGAUUGACAGCAGUGGCCGAGCGAAAGCCACAGAAGACAGAGAACUGGGCCUUCCUGCCCGUUUCGUCUCGCGCUCCCACCGUCGUCCUCGCCGUCCUGGGCGAGCGACGACGGCGACGGGCGACUAGCGGGGGAACGAACGAAGGGAGCGGAGCGAGAGGAGCGAGAGAGUGGGGCAUUUCGUGGAGUGAUGCGGGGGGGAGCUGAAAGCCGCUGCUCGCGCCUCGACGCACGGCCCUGGCCCUGCUCCUGCUCCUGCUGCUGCUCAUGGUCGCUGCUGCUGUUUCCAUUUCCCUCUCGUGCGCGCCACUGUCCCCUUUUCCUCGCUAUAGAUCGAGAGCGCAGGCGCUUCCUGUCCUCUGCCAUCGCCCCCUGAGAUGAGCUUCUUCGUCGUCGCGCACCAUUCCUCCUCCACUCCAAGACCCUGGCGGGCAGAAAUCGGCCCUCUCGCUUCUGCUGCUGCUGCUGCCGUCGUCGUCCUGCUGCUCCUCGUGGCGCCCGCUUAGUCGCAUGGUAGAUCCAUAGCAGCGGACAGGACUUUACAGGACACCUCGCCUCGUCGGCCUAGGUCUUGCGGGGGAGAGAGGUUGUGCAGGGCCGGAGCUCGAAUGAAUGGCGGACUGAUUGUGGGCCGAUUUGUGUGUUGAUGGAGGGCAGGAAUUGGGCCUACGAGGCAAGACUGGCAGCAGCAUUGUUGUAAGGCCUCGGGACUGACCGAGUGCGAGGUGCUGAGUGAAGGGUUUAGGAAUCGGAGGUCGAUGAUGAGGUCGCUUCUCAGGGCAUCGCCCUUGGCGCUGCUGCUCCUUCUGAUUUUGUACGUGGCCCCAGCUUCAGCUCAGACGGUGUGCCCUGUGAUGCUCACCAGCUUGAAUGGCACGGUGAAGACGUACGCCAUGUGCACGGACCUGCAGAAUCAGGGGUGCACCUUGUCCUGGAGCUUCUUGCCCACUGGCGCUCUCCAGGGCGGAGGUAUUCUAGAUGUGGCAUUCCGCACCACGCUCACUGGCGCCCGGGGCUGGGCCGCCUGGGGCAUCAACCUCGAGCUGGCCAGAAGCAUGGUGGGCACCAAUGCCUUGAUCGCUUUCAACGCCACCAAUGGCACCAAUGUCCUGCCUUACAAGCUGCCCUCCAAUCUGCGCAAUCCCUCGCCCCCUCUGCUGGCUGCCUCGCCAAUUGACCUCGAGGUUCUCUCCAGCCACGCCGACAUCGUGCCCACCACUCUCGAGACCACCAUUUACGCCAGCAUCCGGCUCCCUGCCAACCUCACGACAUUGAAUCAGGUGUGGAACCGAGGCCCCGCGGUGGCCGGAUUCUCUCCACUCAUCCACGACCAGACUGCCGCCACUCUCUCGGCUUAUGGAACCCUCGAUGUCUCCACAGGUGCCGUCACUGCGGGCACGGUGGCCAACGAGGACCUGAAGAAUAACCACGGAAUCGUGAAUGUCGUCGCCUGGGGAAUUCUAUUCCCCGUCGGCAUCAUGUCCACUCGAUACAUCCGGCCCUUCACCGAGAGCAUAUGGUUCUACAUGCACGUGAGCUGUCAAGUUCUGGGCUACGUUCUGGGAGUAAUUGGCUUCGGCAUGGGAAUUAAGCUGCAACAAGAUUCCGGUGCGAUCCGAUACAAGCAUCGGAACCUCGGAGUCGUCAUGUUCGCUCUUGCCACUCUGCAGGUCCUGGCCUUGGUUCUGAGACCUAAGCCAGAGCACAAGCUACGCAAGCCAUGGAACGUGUACCAUCACAGCGUGGGCUACACGGUGCUCAUCCUGAGCAUCAUCAACAUUUUCGAGGGCUUCGACAUCUUGAUGCCCGAUAAGAAGUACAAGCACGCAUACGUGGGAGUCAUAAUUGCGCUGGGCGCCAUCGCUGUGGUGAUGGAGAUCAUAACUUGGGCCGUCUGGAUCCGAAACCGAUCGAGAAGCCCUCCUGAGAGACUGGAUGCCGGCAAAACCCCCAAUGGGCAAUCAACAGACGACCUGAAAGGGCCCACUUACGAUGGCCAAUUGUAAACUGCCUCGACCUCAGCCCACCAGCACUUCCGGAGCCGGGAGAGCUCCAUUCUUUCAUGACCUUGAGAGGUCAGUUUCAGAUUCUCGACCUUCAGUUCAGUGUACAUUACUCUCUCUCGAUGAGUACACACCCCACCACACAUACACACACAUAUGUAUUGUUACGAGGUCAUGCGGGAGGGAGGCCAGGGAGUCCAGGGAGGGCCAUUUUACCUCGUCUUCGUCUCUCUUACCUGAACCUUACCUUACCUUACCGUCGGUAUAUAGAUUAAUCUGGGCCCCUGGCCCCUCCCGAUGGCAAGAACCUCACCAUUCCCUCCUAGCUGCAGGCAGAUAGGCAGGCAGGCAGGCAGGCUGGCUGGCCUUAUUGACUAGCAUCGAGCUGAUGAGGCUUCGCUGUUAUUUGUCUCAGUUGGAAAUUCAAUCUCUGUAGAGCUUUCACUGUG